UGGAUAGCGAAUGCGUGCCCGGGACCUGCAGGGGCAUCAGAGGGCCCUGGGCCUUGGUGCAGAGAGGCUCUAGGGUCUUGGAGAAACAGUCUAGGGUUCACAUUUACCAAGAGAACUUGAGGAUGAGCAGCCGACGGAAACGUGCUCCCCCAGUGAGGGUAGAUGAGGAAAAGCAACAGCAGCUUUGCUGGAAUAUGCAUGAGGACAGAAGGAAUGAACCUCUCACCUUAACCGAUGACGAGCAGUCCUGUCCAGGUUUGGGCCCCUCUCCUGCUCACCGCAUCAUCGUAGAUGACAGUCUACAGGAAGAAGUGGCUCAUAGAGAAAAGAAGAGAUGUUCCAAAGCCGUGAGCAUCUCAAAAUCAACUGAUAAAGAAGAGACUGGUGGUGUUUUUUCCCCUUUGUCUGUAAAGCUGAAUAUUGUAAUUUCUCCCUAUCACUUUGAUAAUUCUUGGAAAGCAUUCCUGGGAGAAUUCACUCUUCAGCUUCUUCCUGAACAGUGUUUAAUUCAAAAUUUUUCUGAAAAGAGUUUUACACUAAUGAGUCCCGAGUUGAGCAAUCAGUUCCUGAUCUAUGUUCAUUCAGGAUGUGAAAAUGUAAAGAAAAAAGAAAGAGGACUCAGUGAGCCAGUCAGUAUCUGUGACAAGGGAAUUCAAGUGGAGUCGUCCUUCAGCAGUGAAAUGUUACAAGAUUUGGGAUGGCUGCAAAAGAAGGAAAGAAUAAAACUUUACCAAAAACCAGAAGAAAAUAACAUUAUCAAGGUUGGAAUUUAUCUUUUGGAAGCUGGCCUGGCAAAACCAGAUUUUCUGAGUGAUGCAAGUUCAAGAAUGAAAAAGUUCAAUCAACUCAUGAAGAGAGUGAUGGAAAAGCUAUACAAUUUUAUUAUUCCAGAUGUGUUGGAAGAGGAUGAGGAAGGUUCCGAUAAUGAGCCAGAGGGACAAGACAUUGAUGAGCUCUAUCACUUUGUGAAGCAGACACAUCAGCAAGAAACUCGGUCCAUCCAAGUGGAUGUCCAGCAUCCUGCACUGACUCCUGUGUUGAGACCAUACCAAAGACAGGCUGUCAACUGGAUGCUACAACAGGAGCAUUUCAAAAGCACCCCUGCUAGUGAAAAUGCCUUACACUUUCUAUGGCGAGAAAUUGUUACAUCUGAAGGUUUGAAACUCUACUACAAUCCAUACACAGGCUGCAUCAUUCGUGAGUACCCAAGUGCUGGACCACAGUUGCUUGGUGGGAUCUUAGCAGAUGAGAUGGGUCUUGGAAAGACAGUGGAGGUUUUGGCUCUGAUUCUGACACAUACUCGACAAGAUGUCAAACAAGAUGCUCUCACUCUUCCUGAGGGAGAAGUGGUAAAUUAUUUCAUUCCAUCACAUUAUUCUGGCGGAAAUGUAAAAAAGACAGAAACCCAGAAUAUGGAAUUUGAACCAAAAGAAAAAGUUCAGUGCCCCCCUACACGUGUGAUGAUCCUGACAGCUGUUAAAGAAAUGAAUGGAAAAAAAGGAGUUUCUAUUCUUUCCAUCUACAAGUAUGUCAGUUCUAUCUAUAGAUAUGAUGUUCAGCGGAACAGGAGUCUUCUGAAACGGAUGCUCAAAUGUUUAAUUUUUGAAGGCCUUGUGAAACAGAUCAAAGGCCAUGGUUUUUCUGGUACUUUUACAUUGGGGAAGAAUUACAGAGAAGAGGACAUAUAUGAUAAAACGAGAAAGCAGGCAGUGGGGAGUCCAAGGAAAACUCAGAAAGAAUCCAGAAAAUCAGGAAACAAGGACACAGACUCUGAAUAUUUGCCAUCAAACACCUCUGAUGAUGAUGAUGAUCCUUACUAUUAUUACUGCAAGCCCAGGAGAAAUCGUAGUAAAUGGAGGAAGAAACCCGUUCUGUCCACGAAAAGCGAAAAAAGCCAGCUGAACAUCAGUCUCAACCCACAAGAUCACUGUCCACCUACUGGUAACUCUGAAAUUACUGAUGUUACUACAUCUGAAAGAACAUGUGUCUUUGAAGUCAAUCAAGAACAUUCAGCAAAGGACCAAGCUGAAUCUCUAAAUCCUGUUGGUGAUGACAUGCCACAUUCUAAUAUCAUGGGUCCCUAUAAUUCUUCCACUUAUCGCUUUGAGUGCAUAUGUGGUGAACUUGACCAGGUAGACUGUAAGCCUCGUGUUCAGUGCCUGAAAUGCCACUUGUGGCAACAUGCAAAAUGUGUGAAUUAUGAAGAGAAGAAUCUGAAGAUUAAACCUUUCUACUGCCCCCACUGCCUUGUUGCAAUGGAGCCAGUAUCUACAAGAGCAACUCUGAUCAUCUCCCCCAGUUCCAUCUGUCAUCAGUGGGUGGAUGAAAUCAACAGGCAUGUGAGGUCAUCAUCUCUUCGAGUCUUGGUAUAUCAAGGAGUGAAGAAAGAUGGUUUUUUACAGCCUCAUUUUUUGGCAGAACAGGAUAUAGUCAUCAUUACUUACGAUGUCCUCCGUUCAGAGCUGAACUAUGUAGACAUCCCACACAGCAACAGUGAGGAUGGGCGUCGCUUAAGGAACCAGAAGCGCUACAUGGCUAUUCCCAGUCCUCUUGUAGCUGUGGAGUGGUGGAGGAUCUGCCUUGAUGAAGCUCAGAUGGUCGAAUGUCCUGCUGUAAAAGCUGCAGAAAUGGCUCAGCGCCUGAGUGGGAUUAACCGCUGGUGCAUCAGUGGCACUCCAGUACAGAGAGGAUUGGAAGAUCUUUUUGGGUUAGUGGUAUUUCUUGGUGUUGAACCUUACUGUGUCAGACACUGGUGGGUUCGACUUCUCUAUCGUCCUUAUUGCAAGAAGAAUCCUCAUUUCCUCUACAGCUUUAUUGCCAAGAUAAUGUGGAGGUCUGCGAAGAAAGAUGUGAUUGACCAAAUCCAGAUACCCCCUCAGACAGAAGAAACCCACUGGCUUCACUUUUCUCCAGUGGAAAGACAUUUCUAUCACCGUCAACAUGAGGUGUGCUGCCAGGAUGCAGUGGUAAAACUCAGGAAGAUUUCCGACUGGGCUUUGAAGCUCAGUAGCCUGGACAGAAGGACUGUCACCUCCAUCCUGUAUCCAUUGCUGAGGCUCCGACAGGCCUGCUGCCACCCACAGGCGGUUCGGGGCGAGUUCUUGCCACUCCAAAAAAGCACCAUGACAAUGGAAGAACUGCUGACAUCCCUGCGGAAGAAGUGUGGCACUGAAUGUGAAGAGGCGCAUCGGCAGCUAGUCUGUGCCCUCAAUGGCUUAGCAGGCAUCCACAUCAUUAAAGGCGAAUAUGCUUCGGCAGCAGAACUAUACAGAGAAGUGUUGCGUUCAUCUGAGGAACACAAGGAAAAGCUCAAAACAGAUUCACUGCAAAGACUUCAUGCUACCCAUAACUUGAUGGAAUUGUUGACAGCCAAGCACCCAGGGAUACCUCCUACCCUGAGAGAUGGCAGACUUGAGGAAGAGGCCAAACAGCUACGAGAGCAUUAUAUGAGCAAGUGUAACACAGAGGUUGCGGAAGCCCAGCAGGCUUUGUUGCCUGUGCAGCAGACUAUCCGUGAUCUUCAGAGAAAGAUUCAUUCUAAUUCUCCUUGGUGGCUGAACGUGAUACACAGAGCAAUAGAAUUUGGUAUUGAAGAGGAACUUGCUCAAAGAGUGCGAAAUGAAAUAACCAGCAACUACAAGCAACAAACUGGCAAGCUUUCUAUGUCAGAGAAGUUCCGUGACUGCCGAGGACUUCAGUUCUUACUGACAACACAUAUGGAAGAGCUCAGUAAGUUCCAGAAGCAAGUGAGAGAGGCUGUAAAAAACCUGGAGGGACCUCCAUCUCGGCAUGUUAUUGAGUCUGCAACAAUCUGCCAUCUCCGACCAGUCAGACUUCCUCUCAACUGCUGUGUCUUUUGUAAGGCUGAUGAAUUGUUUACAGAGUAUGAGUCGAAACUAUUUUCUCACACAGUCAAAGGCCAGACUGCAAUAUUUGAGGAAAUGAUAGAAGAUGAAGAGGGACUGGUGGAUGAUCGAAUAACUACCACCAACCGUGGUCUGUGGGCAAUAAGUGAGACAGAGCGAUCUAUGAAAGCGCUCCUGUCAUUUGCAAAAUCACAUAGAUUUGAUGUUGAAUUCAUUGAUGAGGGAAGUAAUUCAAUGGAUCUCUUUGAAGCUUGGAAGAAGGAAUAUAAGUUGCUUCAUGAAUACUGGAUGGCUCUGAGGAAUCGUGUGUCUGCUGUUGAUGAACUUGCAAUGGCUACAGAACGACUGAGAGUCCGUGAUCCUCGGGAGCCAAAGCCCAACCCACCAGUUCUUCAUAUCAUUGAGCCUCAUGAGGUAGAACAGAAUCGUAUGAAACUACUAAAUGAUAAAGCUGUUGCUACAUCCCAGCUGCAGAAAAAGCUUGGGCAGCUUCUUUACCUAACUAACUUGGAAAAGUCUCAGGACAAAACAUCAGGAGGUAUUAAUCCAGAACCUUGUCCAAUCUGUGCUCGGCAACUGGGAAAACAGUGGGCAGUACUGACCUGCGGGCACUGUUUCUGUAAUGAGUGCAUUUCAAUUAUUAUCGAACAGUACAGCGUGGGGUCUCACAGGAGCUCCAUUAAGUGCGCCAUCUGCCGCCAGACCACGUCUCACAAAGAAAUCUCCUAUGUCUUCACCUCAGAGAAAGCCAGCCAGGAAGAGGACAUCCCUGUGAAGGGCAGCCAUUCUACAAAAGUGGAAGCUGUGGUCAGAACUCUGAUGAGAAUCCAGCUUAGAGAUCCAGGGGCUAAGGCGCUUGUUUUCUCAACGUGGCAAGAUGUAUUAGACAUUAUUUCAAAAGCUCUCACUGACAACAACAUGGAAUUUGCACAGAUCAGUCGUGUUAAGACAUUUCAGGAGAACCUGUCAGCAUUUAAAUAUGAUCCCCAAAUCAAUAUUUUGCUGCUGCCCCUGCACACAGGUUCUAAUGGAUUAACUAUCAUUGAAGCAACUCAUGUUCUCUUGGUGGAGCCCAUAUUGAACCCUGCCCAUGAGCUUCAGGCCAUCGGAAGGGUGCACCGGAUUGGACAAACAAAACCCACUAUUGUACACAGAUUCUUAAUAAAAGCGACAAUAGAAGAAAGAAUGCAAGCAAUGCUGAAAACUGCUGAAAGGAGUCACACGAACCCUUCCGCAAAGCAUUCCGAGGCCUCUGUCUUGACCGUGGCUGACCUGGCAGACCUGUUUACCAAAGACACUGAAGACCUUGAAUGA